GUACCACCCACCCAAUUUGCAUCAGCCGCACGAUUUCUGAUGGUAGCAGGGAUUUUCAAGAUACAAGUGGUCUCGGACAUCUAUCUGAUCACAUCAUGUGUUUUCUCGGAGAUCGUAGAACGUUGGAAGAUCGCGUGGGAAAAAGUCCUAAACAGAAAUGGGACCGCGGGCAGAGGCUUUCCGGAUCGGUUUACAUGAUAACGAGCACAUUCCAAGGGUCAGCGCGUAUUUAAGUUGAAGCCCCUUGGAAGCCAUGCGGAUUCACAACAUGCGUGAUUGAGCGAUGCGGGGAACCGUCCAAGGCCGUGAUGGCAUCAGUCAAGCUGGGAAUGGACUCCCCUCAGCAACGGCAGGUUGGAUAUAGCAGAGACUGUCAAAUCGGUUGAUGCACGCAGGGGGAGGCUAUGGAUGGGCGAGCUCGUGGACUGGCGCCAAUCUAAAACAAAUACGGUCGCCCAUUCAUGGCAGCCAAAGUACCGAGUGAAUGGAAGAGAAGGCUCCGUCUGAUCUGGAAACCAGAUGGGAUUCCGUUCCGGGGCCCAGCCACAGCGAUGGUCAAAGAGAUUUCUUACGCUUUCGAUGAUCAGAACGCUGAUAGUACCCGUCAUGGGGUACCAUCGGCGGAGAAAUAGGCGCAUCUUGCACGCAUGCCUCCUAGAACAGAAACUCGGAGCACAUCUCUGCGCGCCUAUGAGUUGGCCGCAUGCGAAAAAUAAGGAUGGGAUUCCGUUAUGGGAGAUUGCCCUAAGGCGCUGUCCUUGUUUGAUGAACGCGGGAUGAUGGAUGGACAGGUCGGACAGAUUAUCAAUGAACAGCAGAGACCGUAAAAUCUGCCCACGGUCCACAGCAUCAGGCAUAGCCGGACGAUUCUGUGCACUUCAAUUGGCUGAGAAGCGUGAUGGCCGUGUUGGGCCGCACCGGAGCAUGAAUACAGGCGCUGGGAAAGCAUUGGAAGCAAUCAGAACGGAGUCAACGGGUCACUCACUUCAUCCACCGCUUUGCUCUUUCGCUCCGACCUUACCUCUCCCUUUCCAAUGCCUCGUAGCGAAUACAGUUCACAAAGCGGCUACGUCUACGCUCCCCCGCCACCGCCGCAGCAAUCGCACACCGAUCCCCGGUACGACGCGGCUCCGACUGGCAGCGCCCACUCGCACGUGUCGCAUUCCUACCACAGCCAAUACGCACGUUAUGUGCCCUAUCCUGUGUCGCUCUCUGGACCAACCGCCGCCGCCGCCGCGAUCCCGGCUGCACAGGUCAUGCUCACCGACGACGCCGCUACGCGCGUCACAGACCGCGUCCGACGCCGCUGCUUUAACUGCACGACAACCGAGACCAGCACCUGGCGGCGAUCCAACCUCAGCCCCGGUAAAGUCUUGUGCAACAAAUGCGGCUUGUUCGAAAGAACUCACGCGCGUCCGCGGCCUGAACAGUUCCCCCACCGCCGUGGAUCGCUCGCUGCUUCUAGCUUGGUCAAGCAGUCUCCGCCCCGCCCAACGCUGCCCCUCCCCGCACCGGCCACGUCCGUCUCCGCACCGGCGCCCGCGCCCAGCGCGGCAGUAAGCACCCCUCCGGCCCGCGCAAGCGCCGCUCCCAGCCCGCGCAUGCCGCCGGUGGAGAGCUUAUCUGCUUCCCGGCCUGCUUCGAGACAGGACUACCAGGCCAGCCGACCCCAGUCUCGCGGGGAUGAUCCCCAACAAUAGAGGGCCGGACCAGAUACCACUCGCCUGAUGGAGAAGGGUUCUGUCCCGCUUUCAUCAAUUUCUCCGGGUUCCCACCCGAUCUUAUUUUCUCUCUUUCGUGCUUUCGACCUUUGCAUCGUGUAUUUAAAAGUAUAUAUCGUAUGGACGGACACUGUAAAGCUUUGUAGUCAUGUUUUUGUUGUACGUGCUUUUCGAGUUGAACAAUCAAACAGAGCUGGUUCUCGAAAUGCUUAUCAUCCGGGG